AUGGGAUGGCCGUACCGUGGAAACAUGUCCAUCAGCGCCUCUGCCACUUCAGGAGUACCAAUUGUCCUUAAAGCAACCGCAUCUGGAUAUCGAGUGGCGGCGUCAACCAUAGUCAAGAUGUACCUCUUCCCCAUAUCAGACGUGGGAGCAAUGGGACCUAUGAUGUCGAUGGCCACUCUUUGGAAGGGUAUCGCUAUGGUUGGCAUAUUUCCCAAGGGUACUUUGCCCACUCUUCCUUUGGGUACGUCCUGCGAAACCACGACACUCGCGGCGCAAAUCCUGACCAUCAACGAAAAGCUAGAUUCAAUACUUUCUCUGAAGGCUAGCGUAAAUUUACUGCUCGAGCUUCCCGCAAAGGUGAAUGAGCUCUUGCUCCUCAAGCCUACCAUAGAUCGCAUGAACGUGACUGUGGAGGAGGUUCAAACUUCCAUUUCCUUCCUAGGAAAGAAAUACGAUAGCCUCCUCGCCACGGUGUCUGCUCAUGCGACCGACAUGAGCGAGCUGCGUACGGAAGUGGCUUCACUAAAGGACACGGUUUGCGAACAGGCACAUACUAUCCAAAGCCUCCAAACCGAGAUGAACGACGCUGACCAACGCGGUCGCCAACAUAUUAUGGAAAUUCAUGGAAUGACCGUCAAAACCGACGAGGCUCUCCCUUCCAUCUUAGCGGGGCUGGCUGACAAGCUAGGAAUUCCGGGACAUCAACCAGCUGAUGUCGUGUCGGUUUUCAGGCUACCAGGCAAACCAUCUAUAAAACCUCCUAUUUUGGUCAAGUUUACAUCUGUAGCCACUAAAGACAAAUGGAUGCAAGCUCGCAGCAAGCUCAGGCAAUUUUCUCGUGACAAUCCACCCGAAAGACUGUAUUUCAACGACAGCUUAACUCAGACCAACAGAGAACUUUUCUGGCAGGACCGACAGAAAUGUGAACUUGCGCCUGGAGCAGAACAUGUCAUCGGUGUGUGA